AUUUCCGUGGGAAAACGGUCUCUAUGGAUCUCGGACGUCGUCCGUGAAUUUUUCCUAUGCCCCUCCGACGAGCAUGCGAUGAACGAGUCCGUUGUCUCUCGGAAGGGGAAGCUGAGGAAGCUGAGGAUGGAGAUGAAGCGCUGCGACGUGCAGGUGUCCGGAGCCAGCGAGUGUGCGGGAUGCGGCAAGCAGAUCACCGACAGGUAUCUGCUGAAGGCCUUGGACAUGUACUGGCACGAGGACUGUCUAAAAUGCGGAUGUUGCGAUUGUCGGCUGGGAGAGGUGGGCUCCACCUUCUUCACCAAGGCCAACCUCUUCCUCUGCAAGAGGGACUACCUACGGUUGUUUGGAGCGACGGGUUUCUGCUCCGCUUGUCAGAAGGUGAUCCCUGCUUUUGAAAUGGUCAUGAGGGCUCGGAGCAACGUGUAUCAUCUGGAAUGCUUUGCUUGCCAGCAAUGCAAUCACAGGUUCUGCGUGGGAGAUCGCUUCUACCUGUGGGACAACAAGAUCCUGUGCGAAUACGACUAUGAGGAGCGGCUGGUGUUUUCCCAGAUCCCCUCGUGCAACAACGGGAACCCGUUCAAACCUCCCUGCAACAUCUCCACGGGUUCCCCCCGAUUCCAAUCCUACCAGGUCUGUUGGAGUUUCUCCCAAUUCACAUCUUUACGUGAUUAG